AUGGCUGRCCCGUUCRUCUUGCCUGCCAAGAAAGUUAUUCAAGACCUAUGCCGAGAUCAAUACACUUGGGGCGAGCCUAUACCAGAGGCUCAGGCGCAGAGAUGGCAGCAGUGGCAGCAUCGACAUGUGUCAAACCUCCAGGGUUGCGAGAUUACAAGUGCUGAAAUCCAUACCUUUACAGAUGCAUCAGAAGUAGGUUAUGGUGCUGUGUCAUAUCUACGACUCGCCAACGCAGAAGACGAAAUUCAUUGUACCUUCCUAGCUGCAAGAUCACGACUUGCUCCAUUAAAAACAACUUCAAUACCAAGAUUGGAACUCUCAGCUGCAGUGCUUGGAGUUGAGUUAGCUAACAAGAUAAAGGAUGAAAUAGAGCUAAGGAUUGACACCUUUGUAUACUGGACAGACUCARCUUCAGUCUUACAGUACAUUAAUAGCCAAAGUAGAAGAUUCAAAGUGUAUGUUACAAACCGUAUCUCUGCUAUUCACAAGGGGACAAGAUCCUAA